AGAUUGAUAGAGUGACUAAACAUUAUGUUCCCUCGUGCUUCCGUUUUUCGCCUGGCCCAGCGAACUGGUGUCCCCGCGACCCGUCCGUCGCCCGUCCGGUCUGGGAUUCUCCAACGUCGAUUCAACAGCACCGAGCAAAAGCUUCCCCCACUUCCUGACAAUGCCUUUAACCGUGAAAGAGCUGCUGUAAAAGCUCAUGCUGCAGCUACCAGUGACUUGUGGCGGAAACUUUCCAUCUACGCUGUCGUGCCCGUCGUCCUUCUCGCCAGCAUCAAUGCCUACAACCUGUGGAAUGAGCAUUGGGAACACUGGGAGCACAUGCCACCUUUGGAAGAGCGGGUAGAGUACCCUUACCAAAACAUUCGAAACAAAAAUUACCCCUGGGGUGAUGGCGAUAAGACCUUGUUGUAAGUGUUUUCUAUACGCGAGGAUCCCUCCCGUUGGUCCUCGCUGUUUUGGUUUUGAUUAGACAUGAGACUGGGAUAAUAUCCUGAUCUGAAUGACACCCGCGCUAUUGAUAUAUUCACCUCCCUUUGUAUGGACUAUUAUUUUCGCUAACGAGGAUGAUUCAACAGCUGGAACUCUUCCGUGAACUAUCACAACCAAGACAAGGUUACAUAAACUGCCACCUCCCACAUAGGUCUCGCCACAUUCCCCAUUCAGAGAGAUCUCGGAUGAAGUGCGAAUAAGCAGAUCGGGGAAGAAGACGGGGGGAAAAUGACUGAAAAAAAAAACCCAAACAAUGUAUUUAGUACACACAACAUUUUCAUUCCAACUGUCUCUUUUUUCGGACGAGUGAUUGGAAAAAUCACCUCAAGAUCCUGAGGGAAAUCAUGUCGGCUCUCGCAGUAUUCACGCUCCCUUGUAAAUAAGCUUCUUUUGUUUAAUCGGUUCGCUUGAUUUAGAGUAUGGAAUACUAUGCCUACUUCAA